UUUAUAGAUCUUUAAAAAAGUAUAUAAGCCCUGUGCUUUAAUUUAAUUUCUACCACUUCUUUAAAGACAGGCUUGGUAGGACAAGAAAAAACUCUGUAUCAAUCAUGAAGGUAUUCCUGGCAUUUGCUGCAUUGAUAGUUGUUGCGGCAGCUCAAGUAGGAGAACAAGUUGUCCCUAUUCCUUAUUCCUUCAACUACCUAUCAGAAAGUGAAGAUGGCGGUCGCAGUACUCAUCAGGAAAGCAGCGAUGGUUCAGGCAAAGUAACCGGUACCUACACAAUCAACAACAUUGAGGGACAUUCUAGAGUAGUUGAAUACGUUGCCGAUGAAAACGGAUUCAGAGCCAUCGUGAAAUCAAAUGAACCAGGAACCACCAACCAAAAUCCAGCCGAUGUCACAGUUGAAUCCUCUGCUCCUGAAGCAGCUGCAAGUCCAGUUUUCAAUGCCGCUUUGCCAGCAGCCCCUGCCAGAGCCCCUGUAGCAACACCAGUAAGAAGGACUGGCGUCCGAUACAUUUUAGUUCCAGCCACCGAUUAAAUAAUGGGACUAAAUUCAUUCUCGACUAGGAAACGUUUAUUGGCCUUUUUCUUGAUGGAAAUAAAAUUAAUGUAAAGACAAUCUAUAUAAUUAGAAAAGAAUUAUUACUUUGUUGCGUUUUUUUAGAUUUAAUAAACAAAUUUUAUUGCUUUAGAAAUAA